AUGGCAAAAUUUACUGCCUACGGCGCCGGCACAGCCAAGGCCCACGUGCAACCCCAUCACCUCACUGCCCACACAGCCCAUCAGCAGAUCCCACGACGGAAACCACUGUCCAUGACAGGCCGGGCCCACCGCCGGCCGCACCUCCUGCCGACCAUGCGCGUGCCAUUAAAUCGUCCGCUCGUCGUCUUCUCUUCUUCCCCAUCGCCACUGCCGCAGCAGAGCAGAGCCAUGGCGAUGGCGGCCUGCUCCGUCCGCCUCCUCGCCGCCGCGCACCGCCGGAGCGUAGUGUACCGCCACGCGCGCCGCCCCGUCGCGUGCUGCCUCUCCUUCCCGCGCAGCCCCGGCGGCGGGUCCGGGCCCUCCUUCCGCGGCCGCGCCAGCCUCUCCUCCAUCUCCCUCCCCUCCUCCUCCGCCGCCGCCGCGCCCUUCAGCCUCCUCCCGCCGGACUCCGACCCCUUCAUCCAGUGGGACCCGCCGCCCCCGCAGGACACCUCGUCCGGCUCGCCGUUCGGGGCCGGCCGCGGCGGCGAGGAGGGCCCCGCGCUGGUGGUGCUGCUGGGGUGGCUGGGCGCGCGCCAGAAGCACCUGCGCAGGUACGCCGACCUCUACCGCGACCGCGGGGUCGGGUCCGUGCGGUUCGUCGUCCCCGUCCGCGACCUCGUCGGCCUCGACCUCGGCCGCCGCGUCGAGCUCAGGGUCGCCGACCUCUCCGCCGAGAUCGCCGCCUGGUGCGACGCCGACCGCCGACGCACGCUCCUAUUCCACACCUUCAGCAACACCGGCUGGCUCGCUUAUGGUGCAGUACUUGAGAAUCUACAAUCAAGGGCUGAUAUAAUUGAGAGGAUAAGGGGAUGCAUUGUGGACUCUGCACCAGUUCUAGAGAUAAGACCGGAGGUCUGGGCUGCUGGUUUCUCUGCUGCCAUGCUAAAGAAAAGCAGUACUUUGACAGGACCUUCAGCUGACUGUCCUGAUGGGUCUACUUUGAAUGGUGCCUUGAACAAAGUUAAUUCUGUCUCCGAUUUGACGAAACCAUCAUGGGGUGAAACUUUUCUUCUGUCAACUCUUCACAAGUUCUUUGAGAUUGUCCUUCACGUACCUGAUGUAAAUCAGAGACUACGCAAGGUCCUCGCAGUUCUCUCGGAGAAGCAGCCGUCCUGCCCCCAGUUCUACCUGUACAGCACAGCCGACAGGGUAAUACCCGCCGAGUGCGUAGAGAGCUUCAUCAGCACGCAGAGAUCAUUGGGGCUGAGCGUGUCCGCCCACAAUUUCGUCUCGUCGCCCCAUGUGGACCACUACCGGAGCUUCCCUCACCUGUACUCGGCCAAGAUCGACGAGUUCCUCAAGAUCUGUUCCCCGGCUAGAGUAUGAUGUGCAUUGUAGAUCCUGGUACAAAUUCAAUUGAUUUUGUGUUGUCGAGCGUAUGUGCAUUGUAAGAUGCUUCUACAUGGGUUGUUGAAAGAGGGUGCGCAAGCAUUUCAGCA